AUGCUCUCUCGUUUAUUCCUUAGACCUUCGAACCUCCGUCUCGUAACCCUAGCUUCAUCCAAGUCGAACUCUCAGAUCUUCUCAUCGUUUAUCCGUCCGCUUUCCACCAACAGUAGCGGCGGCGGAAAUGACAACGGGAAUGGGCCUAAUCGGAAUGACGCACCGUGGAGUUUUUCCGGAGUAAACGAUGGAAAGUCCGAUCCUUUCUCUUCCAAUGAUUCUUGGGCUUCCUCCGGAGUUCCAGGAUUCGGCUCAGAGGAGCCUAAGCGAUGGAGCAUGAAGGAGGAAGAGGAUAAAGUUGUGUUCGAUACGGGCGAAGAGGUGUCGCAAGGGAUUGAAACUGGCCGCGAGAGGAGAGCCAAUGACUGGGAGGAGACUAAACGGUGGAAUAUGAAGGAAGGAGUUGAGAAAGUCGUGUUCGGUACCGAAGGUGAGAUGGCGAACAGUUCUGGAACUAGCGGAGAUGUGAAAUCCAAUGGGUGGGAUGCGUCUAAGCCAUGGAAUUUGAAGGAGGAAGAUGAUACGGUCGUGUUUAAUACCAGCGGUGAGAUGGCACUUAGCUUUGAAACCAGCUUGGAAAACGCGGAGGAAGAGCGUAAGAAGAAGGAAGUGAUUGAGAAGGAGGAGAAAGAGCUCACUGAGAUUAUCAAAGGACCUGAUCGAGCAUUCGGAGACCUUAUUGCUAAGUCGGGUAUAACAGACGAAAUGCUAGAUAGUUUGAUAGCGUUGAAGGACUUGCAAGGGGUCGAAGGAUUGCCUCCACUGACUGAGAUCGAAAGCCUGCGGCGUGAGAAGAGCUCAAAGAAGUCUUCAAGAGCUGACAUAGAACUCCAGAUGCAAGAGCAAAUCGCUAAAUCACGGGUGAGACAAGUGGAUGAAACGGGGAGAGCCUAUGGAACCGGGAGAAGGAAAUGCAGCGUUGCUCGCGUUUGGAUUAUACCUGGGAAAGGAAAGUUCCUCGUUAACGAUAAAGAGUUCGAUGUCUACUUCCCGAUGCUUGAUCACCGUGCUGCUCUUCUCCGCCCGCUCGCUGAAACCAAAACCUUGGGAAGUUGGGAUAUUAAGUGCACUGUUAACGGCGGUGGAACUACAGGUCAAGUUGGAGCUAUUCAAUUGGGUAUCAGCAGGGCAUUGCAAAACUGGGAACCAGAUAUGCGGACAGCACUUCGAUCUGUUGGCUUUUUGACAAGAGACUCUCGAGUUGUGGAAAGGAAGAAACCUGGUAAAGCUAAGGCAAGAAAGAGCUUUCAAUGGGUCAAGCGUUAA